UAAUAGAUGAUCGUUCAAUUGAAUCAAGUAUUCGUAAUGUACGAUCUCUUGGUGUUAUACCUCGAGCAAAAAUCAAAACAGUUAAAAUGACAUUAGUUAUUGUUAUUGCUUUUACUGCUUGUUGGUCUCCUUAUUUUCUUCUUAUGAUGAUGAAUUCAUUCAAUCUUAUCACUAGUUAUUUUCUUAUUCGAGUAACAUCAUCAUUAUGCUAUAUGAAUUCAUUAGCAAAUCCACUGAUUUAUUGGCUGUUUGCAACAGAUCUUUUUGUUCAAUGCAGACAAAAUUUAACUGGAUCAUCAUCGAAUGGAAUGAAUAGUGGAUAUCGUUGUUCAUUAACAGAAUCUCGAUAUAGCCUUGGCAGUUCAAGAUAUGGAAAUCGUCGAUCAAAUGAACCUACUCGUACACAAAAUACUCCACGUACAGGUUCAACUCGUCAAUUAAAUUAUCGUUCACCACCGACACAACAAGCAAGAUUAACUAAACGUUUAAUUCACCAACCAAAUUCUCAAUCAUCACUUGUAUAUGCUUAUCCGUCUCGAUCAUAA